AUGUCGUCAACGAGCGCAGCAGUGAGAUACAACAUUCCGGUAUUGACGGACUCGGCGCAGGCGAUCCUUGAAAAUCGGUCGUACGCUUGUCCAACGCCGAAGAUUCACAGCAACGAGCUCUCAGAUUCGCUUCGUCUCAGGCCGCCCAAUGGACAGCCAUCGAUCCAGCGCGGUCGUUCUGUCGCUCUCAAUGUCAUAAAGCCGCGGACGAAGUCAAGUCGAACCGUGACCUUACACGUCACAUUACAUCAUGGGCGGACUCAGUUGUGCCUCCUGCGGCUGCUCGCGUGGCUAGCCGUAGCCGCCGGUCCCGUCGCAUGCCGGGAGUCAACAUUCGAUCUUCGCCCCUCCCGUCCUCCUCCGACUUCAGGCGACCCAGAUCUAGCGCAAUCUGAUGAAGAAGCAGCGCUUUUGUGCCCUGAGGGGAAGACAAGCGGGUCGAGAUUGACGCCUACUGCAAGAUAG